GCCAUUUCCAUGAAAAGCACAAUGAUGAGCAACAUGAGUUGUUAUCUCAUCAGCAGAGAGCGAAAACAGGAGGAAGCACAGUGACGAGUUUAUCUUUCAUCAUCAAUCCUCGUCUUAAAGUGCUGCCUUCACACAGACAAGUCAAUGAGUGAUCUUUGUCCUCUGAGUCAGUUAAUCAUUCAGUGAAAGUCAAGGAUUUAAAAGCCUGAAGCACUUAAACCUCAGAGAGGAGUCCUCUGUCACUGGCCUGGAGACAUGGACACCGAGCCGUCCCAGGAUGCAGCAAGAGACACGGCGCACAAAGACCGGAGCAGCGGACUCAUGCUGAGGAUCAGGAAACUCAACCCCAAGGACGUCUUUACCUGGCAGCUGGCCAAGACGCUGGCCAUGGGUCAGGGUCUGGCCGGGCUCAUCUGCGGCACGGCCGUCACCUCCCAGUAUCUGGCCACGAGCUUCCACGUGAACACGCCCAUGAUGCAGAGCUUCCUGAACUACAGCCUGCUGUGUGUCACAUACACCAGCAUGCUGCUCUGCAGGACAGGGGAUGGAAAUAUUUUACAGAUUCUGAGGCGGCGAUGGUGGAAGUACCUCCUGCUGGGCCUGGUGGACGUGGAGGCCAACUACACUGUGGUGAAAGCAUACCAGUACACCACCCUCACCAGUGUGCAGCUGUUGGACUGCUUUGUGAUCCCAGUCCUGAUGAUUCUGUCCUGGUGGAUUCUGAAGACCCGUUACAGGCCGGUCCACUACGUAGCCGUCUGUAUCUGUCUGCUGGGGGUGGGGGCCAUGGUGGGGGCCGACCUGCUGGCAGGACGGGAUCAGGGCUCCUCCUCAAACAUCCUGCUGGGCGACUGUUUGGUGCUGAUCAGCGCGACGCUGUACGCUGUGUCCAACGUGUGCCAGGAGUACACCGUGAAGAACCUGAGCAGGGUGGAGUUCCUGGGCAUGAUCGGCCUGUCCGGCACCAUCAUCAGCACCGUACAGAUGGUGGUCCUGGAGCGUAAUGACAUUGCUGCCAUCCAGUGGAGCUGGCAAGUCGGCCUCCUGUUCGCUGCCUACGCCCUGUGCAUGUAUGCUCUGUACAGCUUCAUGCCCGUGGUGGUGAAGCAGAGCAGCGCCACCUCCGUCAACCUGUCCCUGCUCACCGCUGACCUCUUCAGCCUCUUCUGUGGGAUCUUCCUCUUCCAGUACAAUUUCUCAGGACUAUACCUGGUCUCGCUGAUGGUCAUCCUCACUGGCUUCAUCACCUUCAACGCUGUGCCGACGCCCGCUGACCACACAGUCUCCACCACCUCCUCUUCAUCCUCCAUCUGUGAGGAAGGUUCCUAUGACAACCCUGCUGGCACUCAGAAUGACAUCACCGAGCAGGAAGUAGCCAUUAGGAUCGACACUAAGCAGGAGGAGGAGGAGGGUGAUGAGAAGGAGAAGGGACGGGGGGAGGAGAGGACGAAGAGGACUUCAGGGACGUCUCAGAGCCUCGGACGAGGGAGCAGUGAUGAGAAUGUUGUUGCUGUUGAACGCAGCACUAAAAUGUGAACUACAGCACAUGAGCCUGUCAACAGGUCUCAUAUGUAUAUUUUUAAACACCUUUAUUUAUUGACAACUGCACACAGUACAUACAGAAGAGCACAAUGCAGAAAUGUAUAGAAUCAAAGGAAAUAAAAGAACAUGUCAACCUUGAACUAUGUGUAAACUUUUGGUUAUUUGUGCUGAUGGACGUUCACACAUCACGUAUCGGAUGCAGAAUUAACUCCUUUUGAGGCAGUAAAAAAGGUUAAAACAAGCGCUCCCUCCGCUCUCACCGGCACAUCCUGGAGAAAUGUAGGAAACAGUAAACCUGAGCCUCUCUGGGAGCAUCACACAACCUUUCUGGGCUUCUGGUGUCACCAGCGGCAUCCGGGCUGAGACUUCCUCUUCCUGUUUUCGGUCUGAGGAGCAGUUUGAGCUGAGUUGUUUUCAGCUAAUCUCUGGAAAAAGACAUCUGCAGGUAAAU